UUAACACUUUGUUUGGUGUCUGCAGGAAAAUCCCUGAAGGAGGAAGAACAGAUCAGCUUCCUGGUGCCGGGAGCUGAGCCCUCAUCUUCAUCUCACUCCUCUUCAUCGGUGUGUCUCCUGCGUCAUGGCCGGAGCUCUGAGGAUGAGUGAAGCUCAGUACAUCAACGUCUACGAUAACGAACUGCAGUUGAACCUGAUGCCGUACGACUACAUCCCUCCAGUGGACAUCAAGACCGAACCCUACAUACCUGAGACAGCUCACGGUCCCUACAUUCAGAUCAUCGAGGAGCCAAAACAGAGGGGUUUUCGUUUCCGUUAUGAGUGCGAGGGUCCGUCCCAUGGCGGGUUACCGGGGGCAUCCAGUGAGAAGAACAGGAGAACAUACCCGACGGUGAAGAUCAAUAACUACGUGGGUCACGCCCGGGUUGAGGUUCAGCUGGUGACGCACACAGAUCCCCCUCGAGUCCACGCCCACAGUCUGGUGGGUCGCCACUGCACCGAGAAGGGAACCUGUACGCUGGACGUGGGCCCCAACGACCUCACCGCCUCGUUCAGCAACCUUGGAAUUCUUCAUGUAACCAAGAAAGGUGUCGUUGAGAUUCUGUGCAAGAGACUGAGAGAC